AUGGGUAUUUGUGGAGGCAGACCUAAAAGUUAGGAAGACUAAGUUCACAAACUGAGCCAACCUAUCAUAACCAAUGGUGAGUUGCAGAUUAAGGUAUUGCUGAAGAACAUCACUUUGAAAAUGACUGGUGUAAGACAAUGCUCGAUUGAAUUUGAUUUGGGGUAGUGUAAGUACACAUCACCGGUGCACAUAGAUAAUAAUGGAGAUCAUUAUUGGCGAGCUAGUUUUGAUGGAACCUUAAAGAUGACUGAGUAGUAGAUGCGAGAAUCCAAUAUGAAAAUUUCAGUGAUUGACAAUUAAGUAAUUGGAUCAGCAACCAUCAAUUUAUUUGAAGCAGCAGUAGGUCCCUUUCACUUUCAAUUACCAAUCCGAGGUUAAAAUAUGGGCAAUGUUAGUUUUGAUUUGAAAAUGAAUCAAGUAUUGUAGGCAACUCUCUAAAGUAAGUUUAUCAUCUGGGAAUUAAACUAAAGUCUUAGUGAUGUUAGAUACAACUAUAAUUUGCGAUUGGUGACUUCAUAGUUCUCAUUCAUCUCUGAACAUUCAACCACCUUUGUGAAUCCCAAUUAUAGAAAGCAAAAUGAAAAAUAGAAGAGUAUAGUCGCUUCCAGUCGUAAAAGUAUCUUAGACUAGGACAUGAUGAGAGAUUCCAUAAUAUCCUUACCGAAAAUACCGUCAAUGAUAAAUAGCAGUGGAGGUGUAAAUCAUUCCCUCGAGUCCAUCAUAGCAGCGACUCCGACCAAUAAAGGACAAUCUCCUGCCUCAUAACCCUAUCAUAGAAUAGAGUGGGACCAUGCUGGAGAUGAACUGACUUUAAUUGUAGAAUUACCAAUCUCGGAAUUCUAAGGUUCUGCUAUUCAAUUAUGUUUGUGGUCAAUCUCAUCUAACAAAAACAGUUUAAGUAGCAGCAAGUCUCCUCAUAAAACUAUUAUAAAGAAGACCUAAAAUAAGCAUGACUCAGAAUACAUGGAUUUAGAGAUCCAAGACCAUCAUUUAGUGGCAGAAACAUAUAUCAAUUUAUCUAAUUUAGAAACCAACAUCAUUGCCGAUUUGGGAGCCAAGUUCUUUAUAAUCAAAAGUCAAUAGGCUAAAUCUAUUUGGUAUCAUGGUGUAGAGGUCGGUAAAAUAGAUUAUGAAAUAAGUGUAAGAUUACCCAAUUAUUUAUAAUAAUCAUCAUUUGGAGUUUAGACAGAGAAGGGUAUAGUGUCAACUGCAUCUGUGGUUGGCAAUGUAGAGAAUAUUAGUGUGACAGAGAUUAAGAUGAUUCAAAUUGAAUUUCAGAAAUUGUCAAGUUCAAUUUUUAAGAUUGAGCACAAAACUUUAAAUAUGGAAGAUAAAUUAAAGGUUCGUUCAGAUAUGGAUCAAUAACUUAGUAAGUUGGCUCAAUUAUUGGGAUAAUCUCAUGGUACCAAUAUUAAAACAUUUUAAUACAAAUCUGAGGAUGAUUUAAUGAAAGCCUAAGAUUUAUUGAUUCAAUUGUCUAUCCACUUGGUGGAUUAUUCGAAGACUUUAGCUUCUUUCAAUUCCUAUUUUGAAUGUUUGAAUUAGGUACUAAGCAGGGGAGAAUUGAUGUUGUAAUAAUUAGGGUUUUUUAAAGCAUUGAGUAAGAAGCAAUCUGAAUUUAAAACUGAGGUUGGUUUGAAUUAUUAAUCAUUUUUGGUGAACACACUUCGAUUCACUUUAUCUAAAUUAAAUCAAAAAGAUCCUAGUCAAGAGGCGAGAUAAUUAUAUAUAAAAUAUUUAGUGAUCAGCUAUUUUCGAAUUCCAGAAUUCAGAGCAAAAUUCUUAGAAUUAAUCAAUAAAUCUGAUGAUCCCUAGUUGUUGGAAUUGAGAGGAACUGAAUUUAUACAGGAAGAUGACCCCACAAAUAUUGAUAAAAGUACAAAAACCAAUAUCUCAAUUUUCGAUUGGUAGAAUUAUUUUCACACUUAUCUGUCUGAUAAAAGCAAAGGUAUUCAAAAUUAAUCAGCCCUGAAUUAAAUACUAGAUGAUGAAAGUUGGAAGGAGCAUAUCAGACAUAGAUCAAUAAAUUUCAGUUUUUUUGUAGAAGAAUGGGCUAAAUAUGUGAGGAAUAUUUUGUAAGUAAAAAUACUUCCCUGGUAAGACAUUCCAGGUUAUAGAAUUCUGGUUAAAGCAUUUAUGUGUGAAUUGAAAUAGUAGGAAUCUAUACCUGAUGCAAUGAAAAUAGCUUUGAAAAGUUUGCUUUAGAAUGUGAAUUUAUUAGGAAUAGUAGUGAGUUUGCAAUUCAAUAAAACAAAUCUAUACAAUGCGGAAUAAGUGAUAGAAACAUUUGAAAUUUUGGAUGUUUGUUUUGGUACAUUGACUACCAUGCCUGCUUACUUCGAUUAUCCAUUCUUUUUAAAAGGAAUCAAAUAAAUCAUAAUAGAAUCAGAACAUGCGAUAAAUAUUGCUAAAUGUGUUUGGCUUAUUUACAAUAUUUAUCCAUUAUUUUCAAUGGACUUUAAAAAGGACAUAUGUGAAUUUUUAUUCGAGAAGGCAGUGUUUAAAUUGUUCCUGCAUUGGAGUAGGACAGUAAGAUUAGUAUUUCAUUACUUUUUACUGUAUAGAGUAUCUCAUUAGCACAAGAACCCAAAAGUUGGAGGUUUGGAUGAGGAGUAGAUUAUACAACAAUACACGUUGAUUAAUAGACCAAAGAAGAAUUAGAGUUAUUUCGAGAAUAGGUAGCCACAAUAACAGUUGAUUUCUGAUUAUAUCUACAUGAAAUACUUGAGAUUCCUAAGCAAAUUAGAACAAGCCAAGAUUAAUGAGAAUCAGAGAGAAUAUUAAUAGGAUCAUCAAAGUUACUAUUUAAAGAUGGUGCAUAAGAAAUUGAGGAGAGAAUAAGAAUUAAAGAUGCAACAACAGGAGGAACCAAAAAUGAUGGAGUAGUUGAAAUUGGAGAGAAUGAUUUCAGAAUAGGAUGAAUCCUAAUAAAAUGAUCGUUCCUCGACCAGUUAUGCACAAGAAGUUGAGUUGUAAGUAGCAAUGGAUAAUGAUGUAGAUAAACAUGAAGUUGAGAUUAACGAGAUGCAAUAACAGUACUUACGAUUAUCCAUUCGGGAAUUCGAGGAAUAGUUAAAGAAUUAUAAUAAUUGGAGAUAACAAAAUUUAAAGAAAAUGAUCGGCAAAUAUAAUGAAGAAGAUAAACAUACGAUUCAUCUGAGUUUUGAAGUGCCCAAAGUUGAUGUUCUAAGGAGAAUAGACGAAAAGGAAGGUGCUUGA